GUAUCUCAUAAUGGCACAAUCAAUUCUACUUAUCAAUGGCCCAAACCUCAAUCUCCUCGGCACGCGAGAGCCAGGAAUCUACGGCAGCACCACAUUACCACAAGUCGUCGAAGCAGCACAAAAGCAAUGCUCAGAUCGUUCCAUACGCUUCGAAUCAAUACAAUCAAACCACGAGGGUGUCCUAGUCGACCGAAUACAUGAAGCGCGGGGCAAGGUUGACGCUGUCAUAAUCAAUCCGGGAGCCUUGACACAUACAAGCGUUGCAUUGCGCGACGCUUUACUUGGAUGCGACCUGCCGUUCGUUGAGGUGCACAUAAGCAAUAUCCACAAACGAGAGGCUUUUCGACAUCAUAGUUAUCUGAGUGACAAAGCGGAAGCAGUCAUUUGCGGCUUGGGAGUGUAUGGUUACGAGGCAGCCAUUGAGUUUGCGGCGAGAAAUAUCAAGCCGAAGGAGAAGGUGAACUUGUAA